AUGCUGCAGCGGCGUGGUGUUUGCUCGCACGCUCACGAGCCCGUCAUGCCGCACGUGUCGCCCGCUGCUGCUGUGCCGUCCAGUGUAGCGCCCACUUCCGUCGCGCUCAGCGUUGGGGAGCAGGGGUGUGGGAACACGGUGAAGGAAGUUUUUGGCGGAGGUGCGUGUGGGGGAAGCGCGCGCGGGGAAACUGGAGACUCGCACAGAGAGGACCGCCAGUGCGAGGGAGGAGGCGAGGGCAUUGGCAGCGGUGGUGGAGGGCGGAAUGCAGAGGCGAGAAAGGCGGAGGACGGAGCGAGAGAGACGAACGGUGCAGCGACGCAGCUGGCGGAGAGCGAUCUGCUGGCUGUGGCGGGGAUGCGGGUGGUGGUGCGCGUGCGGCUGUGCAGGGCGGGGAAACCGCGCGCGCACAUAAAGCGGUGGGGAGUGACCCGGUGCCAUGUGAUGUGUGCGGUGACACGACGGCACGCGCGCACGAGGAGGCGACGACUCGCGAGGAGGUGCAUGAAGCGACGGAUGAGAGGGCGGGGCGUGCACAGGCGAGCGUGGAUGAGCGAAGAGCAGGAGGAGGAGCAGGAGGAGGAGGAGGAGGAGGAGGAAGAGGAAGAGGAGGUUGAGGGAGGCGAGGAGAGCAGCGAGGCAGGUGCAGCGGAGGCGGGGCCAUUGACGGAGUACGAGAAGCGGCGGUUGGCGAACAUACGGCGCAACCAGCAGCUCAUCCUCUCCCUCGGCAUCGAACCGCUCGGGGAGGGCGGAGAGGGAUGCGGAGGAGGCGAUUCGGGGAAGCAGACAGAGGGCGGGGAGGGACUGGGAGAGGGGGAACAUGUGGAGGGUCAUGAGGAGGAAUGCAGUGAGGAGGAUGACGUGGCGUAUGGUGACUCGUCCGUGGUGAAGUACCUGUGCCGUGUGCUCGGGGGUGCAGGGGCGCAAGAGGGCGAGGGGCAAGAGAGGCGCGCAGGCGAAGGAGAUGGCAGCUCGGGGGAGAGUGGAACCUGCGUGCAGGCAACAGUGAGUGCGGCAGGAGGGGAAGGAGAGAAUGGGGUGAGUGGCGAGGUUGGUGCUGUGAAGGGAGCCCUCCCAUCACCACCUCAUGCAUGGCAGCGCGGCGGAAGCGACGCCCGCAUCGGAAUCGAUGGCUCUGGGGGGGUGCAGGGCGCGCACAUGCAGGACGGCAGGCUGAGCAGGAUCUACAGCCAACAGCAGGUGGGUGCGACGCUACUGCUGUCGAGCAGCAACGACAGCACCAUCACCCUGUGGGACAUCAACCGCCACCACUGCACCCCUUCUGCCUCCUCCACUCGCCGCCGCCGCGUGCAGGCCUCAGGCACUCCCAAUGACACGGUGCCACUUGUGGUGUGUGAGCUGGCGGGCGUGCACGCACGGGGGCAUAUUUGGCAUGCACGAGAGGGGACUGGUAGUGGCGGCGGCGUCCAAGGACAAGACCGUGUCCCUCUGCCGCGUGGGGCCCUCCGCCUCUCCCUCCUCCGCCUGCUCACCCACCACGACGUGCCUGUGCGCGCCGUGCACCUCCGGUACUGCCUCACGCCACCUGCCCUGCAUUAG